UCUUUGCAUUCCAAAACUAUGAAUGAGGAGACUUCAAACAAAACCAUACCCUUUUCUCACACAGAUUUCACCCUCUUUGGAUUCCCAGGGAUCCUGACAUCCAGAUAUCUCCUGGCCAUUCCAUUUUUCUCAGUAUAUCUGCUGAUUCUGUUGGGUAACUUUCUGGUCAUCUACAGGAUCUGGGUGGAAAGCAGCCUCCAGUCGCCCAUGUACACUCUAAUAUCUCUUCUCUUUGCUGUCAACAUCUCCUGUACCACUGCCAUUGUGCCCAACGUGUUAAUGUCUUUAUUAUUUGGAUUUAAUGGGAUUUCACUUACUGGCUGUCUGCUCCAGAUGUUUUAUAUGUAUACAGCUGUCAUGUUUGAGUCCAAUGUUCUUUUGGUGAUGGCUUUGGACAGGUACGUGGCUAUCUGCAAACCAUUGCAAUAUCAUGACAUUAUGACCAGGGGCCUUCUGCUCCAGCUCUCCAUCUUUGGGGUCAUUGAGUGUAGUCUCUUUGCCUCUCCAAUAAUUAUUGUGGCUUCACAAGUGCAAUACUGCCAAUCUAACACCAUUCUAAAUUUUGCGUGUGAAAAUAUGGUGCUCCUCAACCUUGGAUGUGGAGAUGUGGACAGAAAACACAUAGUAGGACUUAUGGUGAGAAUCAUAGUCACGAUGAUCGAUAUCACCAUUCUCCUGGUUUCCUAUUCUAAGAUUCUGUACACUGCUCUGCAAAUUAUUACUGGGAAAGCCAGAAACAAGACCUUGCACACCUGUGGCACACAUCUGUCAGUAGUCAUUCUGAACUAUUCAUGUGGUUUAUUGUCUUCUAUCUCAUACAGGUUGGACAUAUCAGUUGACAUUCAGAACCUCACUAGUGCCAUAUACUACCUGUUCCCAGCUUUGAUCCACCCUGUGAUUUAUGGAUUCCGAAUGAAGGAAAUCAAAGCGAGCUUACUAAAAUCAUGGAGAAUUAAACAAUCUACAUAG